GCAAAGCAAAAGGAAGGCGGGAGUCCCGACUGCUAGCCCAGAGGCAACCCAGGCUGUGGAGGCCGCUAUGGCUAGUGUUCCGUGGGCGGAGAUCCGGGAGAAGUUCCAGGCGGCCCUGGCCUUGUCGCGGGUGGAAUUGCAUAAAAACCCGGAGAAGGAACCGUACAAGUCCAAAUAUGGCGCCCGAGCGCUGCUGGAAGAGGUGAAGGCGCUGCUUGGCCCCGCGCCGGAGGACGAGGAUGAGCGGCCCGAGGCGGACGACGGCCUGGGCGCGCGGGGCCCAGUCCUGGGGCUGCCGGCCGAGGCGGUGGAGGCCGAGGGAUCCAGCGCGCAGCGGGCGCUGAGGCUGGCCGUCAUCGAGUUCCACCUCGGCGUGAACCACAUCGACACGGAGGAGCUGUCGGCGGGGGAGGAGCACCUGGUGAAGUGCCUGAGGCUGCUGGGCAGGUAUCGGCUGUCGCGCGGCUGCGUCUCGCUCUACGUCCAAGCGCAGAAUAACCUGGGUAUCUUAUGGUCUGAAAGAGAAGAAAUUGAAACUGCACAGGCUUACCUGGAAUCAUCAGAAACACUGUAUAAUCAAUACAUGAAAGAGAUUGGGAGCCCGCCUCUUGAUCCUACUGAGCAUUUUCUUCCUGAAGAAGAGAAACUUCCUGAACAAGAGAGAUCAAAAAGAUUUGAGAAGGUUUAUACUCAUAAUCUAUACUACCUGGCUCAAGUCUACCAGCAUAUGGAAAUGUUUGAGAAGGCUGCUCAUUAUUGCCAUAGCACACUGAAGCGCCAGCUUGAGCACGGUGCCUACCAUCCUAUGGAAUGGGCUAUUAAUGCUGCUACCUUGUCUCAAUUUUACAUCAAUAAGCUAUGCUUUAUGGAGGCCAGGCACUGUUUAUCAGCUGCUAAUGUUAUUUUUGGUCAAACUGGAAAAAUUCCCGCCACAGAAGACUCUCCUGAAGCCGAAGGAGACAUGCCAGAGCUCUAUCUUCAGAGGAAAGGAGAAAUAGCAAGAUGCUGGAUCAAAUACUGUUUGGCUGUCAUGCAGAACGCACAGCUUUCCAUGCAGGACAACAUAGGAGAGCUUGAUCUUGACAAACAGUCUGAACUUAGAGCUUUAAGGAAAAAAGAACUAGAUGAGGAAGAAAGCAUUAGGAAAAAAGCUGUGCAGUUUGGAACUGGUGAACUGUGUGAUGCCAUCUCUGCAGUAGAAGAGAAAGUGAGAUAUUUGAGACCUUUAGAUUUUGAAGAAGCCAGGGAACUUUUCCUAUUGGGUCAGCACUAUGUCUUUGAGGCAAAAGAGUUCUUCCAAAUUGAUGGGUAUGUCACUGACCAUAUUGAAGUUGUUCAAGAUCACAGUGCUCUGUUCAAGGUGCUUGCAUUCUUUGAAACUGACAUGGAGAGAAGGUGCAAGAUGCAUAAACGCAGGAUAGCCAUGCUAGAGCCCCUAAUUGUGGACCUGAAUCCACAGUAUUACCUGUUAAUCAACAGACAGAUUCAAUUUGAAAUUGCACAUGCUUAUUAUGAUAUGAUGGAUUUGAAGGUUGCCAUUGCUGACAAACUAAGGGAUCCUGAUUCACACAUUGUAAAAAAAAUCAAUAAUCUUAAUAAGUCAGCAUUGAAGUACUACCAGCUCUUCUUAGAUUCCCUGAGAGACCCAAAUAAAGUAUUUCCUGAGCAUAUAGGGGAAGAUGUUCUUCGCCCUGCCAUGUUAGCUAAGUUUCGAGUUGCUCGUCUCUAUGGCAAAAUCAUCACUGCAGAUCCCAAGAAAGAGCUAGAAAAUUUGGCAACAUCAUUGGAACAUUACAAAUUUAUUGUCGAUUACUGUGAAAAGCACCCUGAGGCUGCCCAGGAAAUAGAGGUUGAGCUAGAACUUAGUAAAGAGAUGGUUAGUCUUCUCCCAACAAAAAUGGAGAGAUUCAGAACCAAGAUGGCCCUGACUUAAUCUUCGUUUUUAAAGAAAGGAAAUGUGCAAUGCUGAAGUGAUUCCUGCUCCCCAAAUAAGCGUUUGUGAUGCUUACCAACAGGGCCAGACCAGUAGCCUGACCAUGAAAAAUAGAUCACCUGAGUCUUUGCUAAGCUCUUAAGCAAAUAAAGUUAAUUAAUAAUUUAUACAUAAUGAUGUAAGUUGUCUUGUUAAAGUGACAUGUGAUUUGCAUUUUAGAUUGCUUGUUCCCUAUUUAACAUAAACAUUUCCUGGGCUGGACAUGAGGUACAUGCCUAUAAUUCCAGCAUUUGGAAGUCAGAAGCAGGAGGAUCUUGAGUUUGAAGUCAACCUGGGCUACAUAGCAAGUUGAAGGCCAGCAUAAGCAACGUAGUGAAACCUUUCAAAAAAAAAAAAAAACAAAAAAAAGAAAAAAUACAUAUGUAUGUAUAUAUGUAUGUAUAUAUAUUCGUAUAUGUAUAUAUCUAAACAUUUCCUGCCUUAGUUUCUAAAUGUAGAUCCUUUGUUGGCUAGUACUUGAUAGAUUCCUUACAAAGAGGAAUACUGAUUAAAAUACCUAGUAGACAAGCCUGUUACUGUAUUAAAUUUGAGACAAUAACUUCCUAUAGUUAGUCUUUCUAAAAUACUUACUUUCCUAAAUUCUGAAAGAAAUCUGUCCCUUUCAAAAAUACUAAAAAGUAAGUUAUGUUGUUUCAAAGUGUUGUAAAAUGGUUUAUCUCAUUAUAGGGGUAAAGCCCUUGGAAA